GGCGGCGCCGGGGAGGACGAGGCGGAAACGGGCCAGCGCUCCCCCCGCGCAGGGAGAGCGGAAGAGGCGGCAGCAGGUCCGGGGAUGGAAAGGCGCUGGGGAAAUUCGGUCAUGGGAAGACGAGGGAGAGGCGGAGCGGCGGGGAUGGCAGAUGCCGUGCUGCUGGCCUUGCUAAAGAGGGGAAGGGUGUAGAGGAGGGAUCCCUGGGGCGUUAGAGCACCCCACUUAUUUUCGGGGACCCUCAAGCUGGCAGAAUGUCGGUUUUCAAUUUGCGAGGAAAUACACUCUCGGUCCGUGGGAAAGAUCAACCGUUUCAACCUCUGCUGCUUGAUGGAUCGGGGCCCCAGUACCAGCAGUCGCGAACGGAAAUAUAUGACCAGGUAGAGGCAAACUCAAGUACAAGUUUUCAGAACAUGUACAGAGCAUUUUAUGAUCUCCUACUCACGGGCACUGGCUCAGAACAAUUGAUGGCAGAAUCCAGACAUUACAAUGAAAAUCUGAGGUCAGCAUAUACAGAACAAGGAAUACAAAGCAACCGGACUUACAAAUGAAAAAUCGAUGACAAUAUUUCCAACUGCAGUGCAUUGACAUUUCCAAUCUCCAGGUCUGUUUACACAUGGAAAUGGAGAAAGCAUUUAUGAAAUCAGAAUCUCAGCUUCUGCAUCCCGCAAGUGGGAAGGGUUUGAACCCGAGGAAGCAACUCGCGUCCUUCGGAUUGGCUCAAGGCAGAAAGCUCUCUGACCAGGUGAAUGUCAAGACAAUGGAAAGGAUACAGUUCCAUGGGUCCACCAAUGAGAAACAAGUGAGCACUAACUGAGAAAAGAGACAGUUCCAAAUCAAAUAGGAUCAAAAAGGAAAUGUGAAACCAAGUGUGGAUCCUGAGGAAACACUUCUGCAUUUCUCACGGACCGGGAAACCAUAACCCUUAAUUCCAGAAGGUUGCAAAAGAAGGGGAAGGGGCUAGGGUGUGACAACUUACCAAAAGUCAGAUGAACCAAAUGAACUACAGGUAGAAAACCCAGAGACAAAUGAAAUGUGUAGAAUACUGUAGAAGCUUCCAUGUAGACAGGGCAAUAGAGAAGUACAAGUCUUAGUGAGCCUCAGGGAUCCCACACUUUUAGGAAGCUAUAAAAAAUGAUGGAAAGUAGGCAGAGCUGCAGUGCUGGUGGAAGUCUUAUUAAACAUCAAGUUACCAUUACUAGGGAGAAGUCAUAUAUAUGCACGGAAUGUGGAAAGAGCUUCAGGAACUGUAAACAUCUUACAAAACAUCAAAGCAUCCACACUGGGGAGAGGCCCUAUACAUGCAUGCAAUGUGGGAAAAGCUUCAAUCAAAACGGACAGCUUAAAAGGCAUCAAAGAAUUCACACUGGUGAAAAGCCUUUUAAAUGCUUAGAGUGUGGAAAGAGCUUCAAUCAAAGUGGACUACUUAGAACACAUGAAAGAACCCACACUGGAGAGCAGCCCUAUACAUGCAUGGAAUGUGGAAAGAGCUUUACCGAAAGUGGAAGCCUUAGAAUACAUCAAAGAACCCACACUGGAGAGAGGCCCUAUACAUGCAUGGAAUGUGGAAAAAGCUUUACCGAAAAUGGAAAUCUUAGAAGACAUCAAAGAACCCACACUGGGGAGAGGCCAUAUACCUGCAUGGAAUGUGGAAAGAGCUUCAUCCUGAGCAGUCAUCUUCAAUGCCAUCAAAUAACCCACACUAGGGAGAGGCCCUAUACAUGCCUGGAAUGUGGGAAGAACUUCAGCCAGAGUCACUCUCUUAGGAGUCAUCAAAAAACCCACACUGGGCUGAGGCCAUAUAGAUGCUUGGAAUGUGGAAAGAGCUUUACCCAAAGUGGAAGCCUUAGAAGACAUCAGGGAACGCACACUGAGGAGAGACCCUAUACCUGCAUGGAAUGUGGAAAGAACUUCAGCCAAAGUGUUCAUCUUAGAAUGCAUCAUAGAAUCCAUGCCGGAGAGAAGCCCUUUAAAUGCACAGAAUGUGGAAAGAGCUUCAGCCAGAGUCACUCUCUUGGGAGACAUCAAAGAACCCACACUGGGGAGAGGCUGUAUACCUGCAUGGAAUGUGGAAAGAGCUUCAUCCAGAGCAGUCAUCUUCAAUGCCAUCAAAUAACCCACACUAUGAAGAGGCCCUAUACAUGCAUGGAAUGUGGGAAGAGCUUCAAACUAAAUGCAACCCUUACAAGGCAUCAAAGAACCCAUACUGGGGAGAAGCCAUAUAGAUGCUUCCAAUGUGGAAAGAGCUUCAGCCGCGGUAAUUCUCUUAGUAAGCAUCGAACUACACACACUGGGGAGAAGCCCUUUUAACUGCAUAGAAUGUGGAAAGAGCGUCAGCCAUAGUCACUCUCUUAGGAGACAUCAAACAACCCACGCUGGGCUGAGGCCAUAUAGAUGCUUGGAAUGUGGAGAGAGCUUUUCCCAAAGUGGAAGUCUUAGAAGACAUCAAGGAAUGCUCACUGGGUAGCAUCUAUUUAAAUGCACUCUACUUUGAAAGAGCUUCAGCUGGAGUCAUCCUCUUAUUUAGCAUCAAAGAGCUCACACUGGGUAGAGGCCAUAUGCUUGAAUGGAAUGUGGAAAGAGCUUCAUCCGGAGUCCAUCUCUUAGAAAGCAUGAAACAAUCCACACUGGGGAGAGGGCAUAUAGAUGCAUGGCAUGUGCAAAGAGCUUCAGCUGGCAUGGUCAUCUUAGAAACCAUCAAAGAAUGCACACUGUGGAGAAGCCCUUUAAAUGCACUGAAUGUGGAACGAGCUGUACUAAAAAUGGAAGUCUUAGAAAGCAGCAAAGAACCCACACUGGGGAGAAGCCAUAUCAGUGCAUCAAAUGUGGAAAAAUCUUCAGAUGAUUUCAACAUCUUAAAAAAAAAUCAAACAAUGCACAAUGGGGUGAGGGCAUAGAUACGUGUACAGUGUGGAAAAAGAUGUUACUGCAGUGAUUAUCCCAUGAAGCAUCAUAGUACAGAUACCUGUGAAAAGCCUGUUGCAGGCUUGCAGUCUGGAGAGGGGUUUGCUGAAAGUGGAUGUCGUACAAACCUUCAUAGAUCCCUCCCAUGAAAGUGGAAGUCUUAGAAGACAUCAAAGAAUGUGCACUGUUUUGAGGCCAUAUAGAUGUAUGGAAUGUGGAAAGAGCUGCAUUGCCAGUCUAAAUCUUCCUAUUCAAUAAAAGAAUGCAGGAGACUGGGAUCAGAACACAAGCAACCAGCAAAAAAAAAAAAAAAAAAGAAGAAGAAGAAGACAAACACUUUAAAUAAAAAAUAAAAUAAAACCUAUUUCCAGGUUUGAUAUGUUUAAAUUUGGCGUGCCAUGCGCCACAUGGUCAGUAAGUCUCCAUGUUUGUCUCACGCUUUUGUCAAUUCUCACUGUGUAAACUUAUUGCUUUUUGGGCUCUAUAGUUAUUGAAAUUUUCUUCUUUAAAGAUUUUUAAACUACUACUAAAAACAUCAAUCAUCA